AGACCGACUAGUCCACAACGACGACCGCAGAAUCGGCCACGGCAGCCGGCGGCCUCAGCCGAUCCGCCACACUCCGGUAGUCCGGGUGAGUCCAACCGCUUCGCUCCUUUCGCUAAAUCUAAAGGAAACCCCGAGCUAAAUCCAACACUAGAAUUAAGCACACUCGCCACGAAAAGUACGCACCAGCGAGUGAGCUCCCACCUCCCUCCCCUCCCCCUCCUCUCUGCUCCCACCACGCCACCACCACAACCACCAAACCCUCCGAUCCAAACCCUCCUCCACUUCGCAUGCCGCCGCGCCCCCCGAGGCGGCGGCGCAGCUGACCCCACCGCCGCUCCCGGAGCCCGCCGACAUGGGCGGGGUGACGUCCACCAUCGCCGCGCGCUUCGCCUUCUUCCCGCCCACGCCGCCCUCCUACACGGUCGUCGCCGACGCCGCCACCGGCCGCCUCCUCAUCCCCGAGAUCUCCCGGCCCCCCGCGCGCCGCCGGAGGCGGGACGGCGGCGGGGACUCCUCCGCCGCCGCCGAGGAGGAGGACGCCACGGAGGUGGUGCGCCUCCGCACGCGCCGCGGGAACGAGAUCGUGGCCGUCUACGUGCGCCACGCGCGGGCCUCCGCCACGCUGCUCUACUCCCACGGCAACGCCGCCGACCUCGGCCAGAUGUACGGCCUCUUCGUCGAGCUCAGCCGCCGCCUCCGCGUCAACAUUUUCGGGUAUGAUUAUGCUGGUUAUGGAAGGUCUACAGGGAAGCCCACUGAGUAUAAUACAUAUGCAGACAUUGAAGCAGCAUAUAACUGCCUCAAGGAAAAAUAUGGUGUGCCAGAUGAGGAUAUAAUUUUGUAUGGACAAUCUGUUGGAAGUGGUCCAACCAUUGAUCUUGCUUCACGGUUGCCAAAUUUGCGAGCUGUGGUUCUGCACAGUCCUAUUUUAUCUGGACUGAGAGUGCUAUAUCCAGUCAAAAAAACUUUUUGGUUUGACAUUUACAAGAAUGUCGACAAGAUCAGCUUGGUAAAUUGUCCUGUUCUUGUCAUUCAUGGCACGUCGGACGACGUUGUUGAUUGGUCCCAUGGAAAGCAGCUAUGGGAGCUUUGCAAGGUGAAACAUUCACCUUUGUGGCUAAGUGGCGGUGGGCACUGCAACCUGGAGCUGUAUCCUGACUACAUCAGGCACUUGAAGAAGUUCGUGUCAAGCCUCGGCAAAAAAUCAACAAAACCUGACUUGAAAGAGUUACCAGCAACAGAAGACACAUCUCGCAAGGACGCAGAAUCUGUGUCCUCGGACAAACCCCAAGAAGCUGCGAAGUGCCGACAGAUCUCCCGGAAGAGCUUAGAUAGUAGAGUUGGGAAAUCCAAAACAGUGGAUGCUCCUGAAAAGCCACGAAUGAGCUCAGAUGACGUUGACAAGUUUAGGAGGAGAAGAUGCUUGGUUUGGUGAUCUAUGAUAUGACGUCUGCACAGUUCAUGGAGUAGUUUCCGAACACCAUGGAAUGGGAUUCAAGCAACUGUGUCAUAGUGUAUAGCGAGGAACAACGCUGACAGUUCCCGCAGUAGAGGGAUAAUAGCUGUGUUAAAUGUGGGAGAAGAAGAAUCAUGACGCUGGUGAAUAAGCUGUUAUUUAUCAAAAGAGGGUACGUCUCAACAUGGUAACUUUCUCGGUUAAUUAACCUGUAUUGCAACCCCCAGUGGCGGUAGGAUUUCCAUCAUGUAAAAGUGUUGUCUGUAAUCACGAGGGACAAGGAUAGAACAUUUGCUGCCACUUUGUGGCGCGGUCUAAAGUCUUGGAGCAAUCACAAGAAGCAACAUAUUCUAGUCUGGAUAUGAAAAUAUAGUGUUCAUAUGUUUUGUGGCUUAAAAGGAACUUUC